GGUUAGAUGGGUUCGCGAGUCAAUCCGUGACAUGACCCAUUUAUUUCGUGUCAUAAACGGGUUGACACGUUUUCGACACGAACCCGCUAAGCCUCAAACCGGAUUCGCCAAACUUACGGGUUAGGCGAAUCGUGUUAUCGUGUCAUGACCCAUUUUGGCACCUCUAAUUCUAUAAAAUAAAUUUUGAAUAAUAUCAUCCCAAUUUUAAAUGCUUUUCCCUAGUAUGAAGCAUGUUUUAAAUUUUGUUUUGUUGUAUGUAGAUGAAGUGAUGCUGAUUUGCACUUCUGAUUACUUGCUCAAAAGGCGAAGUAUAAAGUACGAGCAAUACUUAGAUUUGGUAACAGUUAGUGCUAUAUUUGAGAUAGCCGGAUGUCUAGCAGCUGGAGUACUGUCCGAUUGGAGAGGACGGCGUCUGGUGGCAAUUCUAUCCAGCGCUAUCUCAUUUAUCGGUAUCUUGCUGAUAUAUCUAUCCCAUAGUUACUCAAUUCUAAUUCUCAGUCGCAUUGCACUAGGAAUUGGAAUUGGUAUGGGAUAUUUAAGCAUACCGAUAUAUAUUGCGGAGUUAUCACCUCCAUUUGUACGAGGUUUCCUUGCCUCAUUUCCAGAGGUGUUAUCCAGUAUGGGAUUCUUAGUAGCCUCCGUAAUACAUAUGACGCUAUCAAAAGUCUCUAAACAUUUAGAAUGGCUGGUUUUUAUUGCUCUAAGCGCCACUUCUUUCCUUAUUAUCACCAUCGUUCUUGCGAUGAUGCCAGAGUCGCCAAGUUGGCUUAUGAGGCAAGGUCGUGUUGCUGACGCAACACGAAUAGUUACCAGGUGUACUAGAGCACCCGAAGAGGCUCAUGGUCGUGUUAAUCUGAUGAGACAGAAUAUUGGUCUUUCAGCAGAUGAUACAAGGGAUGUUGUCCAUAGCAUUCCAAGAGAAGAAGUCCGUAUAGACAUAUUUGCAUGGGGGGAGUUGAUUCGCUCGACCCCAGCUAUAGCUAGAGUUGUUUUGUCAGUGAACUAUUUACAAGUAAUUCGACAACUGGCAAUGAUAGAUGAUCUCCUCUCCUCUAGUGAUCCCCUGCUUGUUCAUGCUUACAUUACAGUGGAUAAUGAUACGCAAGUGGGGUUGCUAUGUGUUAUGUGUUUUAGGACCAUAACUUUAAUAGCGCCCAUGCUGAUGAUGGACAAAUAUGGGCGUUUCAAACUAGUGAUGAUUAGCAUUGGAGGCAUUUGCAUGUCUAUGGGGUUGCUUGGAUUUUUAGAUUUUAGUAUCCGCAGCACCAACGCAUAUAUUGGUGCCCAGAAUUUCUUUUCUGUAGUUUGUGUAUUCAUUCUUGCUGGAUCAUACUCUUUAGGCUUAGGACCUAUACCGUAUAUUUAUAACGCAGAGGCAUUCCCUUAUAGAUUGCGUGCUCAGGGAACAAGCUUUGCCAUUGCUAUCAGUAGAUUGGUAUGGUAUUUCAUGUUUCUCUCAUCAGCAACAUUGUAUAAGUUUCUUCAUUUUGGUCCGGUUCUAAUCAUACGAACCGUUAUUAUUGUUGUUCUGAUGUUUUUGGGGAUUAGAAAUGUUAGAGAAACAAGUCUAGUAAACAUUGAUUAGUUGUCCAGCAAUAAUAGAUGUUAAGUACUCAGAUUGUCAGUGAUUAUGGAUCAUUUGUAAUUUGUCUUCCUAUGUAAUACUUUAUUUAUGUAUUAAUGAUGAAAAGAGAUCUAUUUGUUUUGUC